AUGUGUCACUUCCUGAACGCCCUGCUAGCUGUGCUCAGCCGCUUCCUGUUCGCGGUCCACGGGGUGGUGACGGUGUGGCGUGUGGUGGCGGUUAAAGGGGAGCCGCUUUAUUGGCUGCUGCUGACGGGCGUGGCUCUGCUGGGCGUGGAAAUGGCCGUCACGCUGAAGUGUACCCGCAACGCCGAGUGGAAAUGGUUCUCACCCAUGGUUUUCCUCUACCUCAGUACUGUAAUCCCUUCCAUUUGGUUUCUGGAGCUAAGCCUGUUGCAGUCCAAGCUGCCCGUCAACAAUUCCUCAGGCCCUGAGCUUCAUUUGCUGGCUCACAUCCCCAUCACAGUGGACAUUGUGGAGCUGGAGCCAGAGAACUGGGUGGCCGGGUUGGAACAGACCAUGCUCAUUGUGUUGGUCCUGGGUCGCUGGCUCAUGCCUAAAGGAGACAUGUCCCGUGACCAGCUCUCCCAGCUCCUCAUGGUCUACGUGGGACUGGGCGCAGACAUCUUGGACAUCUUCGACACCUUCAGAGAACCUGAGGUCCAAACUAAGCGUGUGGUCGUGGUGGUGGGCUUGGCCCUCUUCUCAUGGGCCCUCAUGCAGUUUCCUCUGGUGCUCACGCAGACUCGAGCGCCGCAGAAGGGCGACGGUGGCGGUCGGCCUCGCUGCCCUGGAGUCACAUCUUCACUGGCCUCUUUCUGCUCCAGCGAAGUGUGGAGUUUACUGCUCACAGUCGGACUCCAAGACGGCCCGUUCCUACUUUACCGACUCUACCUCAUGAUCCAAGAACAGGUACUGAACCAGCUGAUGAUCUUUUUCACCUGCAAAAACAUCCUUAUAGUUCUCCUGGAGAUUUACCGAAUCUUGGUGGUGCAGUGUGAACCCGGCUCAGAAGGGUGUGCCGCUCUGGUGAUCCGAUGGCGAACACGGACGGGCAUCAGGGAGGACGUGAGAACGGAGGCGUGUAGUGGAGAGCAGAGCUGUCAAACAGAAAUGGAAAGAAAUGCAAGGUGCUUUGGAGAUAUUCCUCCACUGCCCAUUAAAGCCAGAAACUCUUUGAGAGUCCACAAGGACAGGAGAAUGUUUGAGAGGACGGCUGAGGUCUCCAGCAUGUUGGCACCGGCUGGGAAUGAAGAGCAGCUUCAGAAGCGAGAGGCAAUUCAAUCAGAGGUCUUUGUGGCGCUGCCCUGUAUCUGCGUCUGUCAAAUUGCUGCUCUUCACCUGCUCUGCUAG